AUGCCACCUUCACCUCAAGUUGCCGGUGUUCCUACUACUGUUGUUAUUGGAAGUGGAUUAGCUGGGUUAAGUACGUGUUUGAAUUUGAUUGAACAGGGGUUCAAAGUGAUUUUACUUGAAAAGACAGACAAGAUUGGUGGAAAUUCAAUCAAAGCAUCUUCAGGUAUAAAUGGGAUUCUUACAAAAUUCCAACCUCCAGGUGAUUCAAUUGAAUCAUUUAAAGAAGAUACCCUUAAAUCAGGGAAAUAUCUUAAUAAUUUAGAAUUAGUGGAUUUAUUAGUGGAGAAUUCAAAACUGGCAGUUGAAAAAUUAGUCUAUAAUUAUAAUAUUGAUUUACUGAAGAUAACUCAAUUAGGUGGUCAUUCAUAUGCGAGAACUCAUAGGCCAGCCAGUAAAUUACCUCCUGGAUUUGCUAUUAUUUCGAAUUUAAAGAAUCAAAUUGAAUCAGAGAAAUAUCUGAAUUUAAUUCAAAUCAUUAAAAAUGCUAAAUUUAAUAAAUUCAUUACCGAUAAUUCCAAAUCUGAAGUUAAAGGAAUCGAAUAUGUCCAAGAUGAUAUCGCUCAUGAAUUAUUAGUGGAUAAUAUCGUCUUAGCAACAGGGGGGUUUUCAGCUGAUUUCAAUGAAGCAAAUCCCAAGGAAUCCCUCAUUAAUCAAUUCAGACCUGAUUUAAUUAAAUUCCCUCUGACUAAUGGACAACAAACCACGGGAGAUGGUCAAAAGAUUGCUGUCCGUGAUUUAAACGCAAACUUAAUCGAUAUGGAUAAGAUUCAAAUCCAUCCUACUGGAUUCGUCAAUAUUAAAUCGAUCAAUGAUAAAUGGAAAUUCCUCUGUGGAGAAUUAUUACGUGGAAUUGGAGGGAUUUUAGUUAAUCCAAAUACGGGGAAACGAUUUGUGAAUGAAUUAGAUACGAGAGAUAUAGUUAGUAAUGCUAUUAUUAAAGAGUGUGAAAUUGGAUCAAGUUCAAGUCAUAAAUUAGAUCAUGAACAAUCGAUUGCUAUUAUUGUGAUUAAUAAAGCUGACGCAGAGGCUGCUAUUGAUCAUAUUCAAUUUUAUAAAUCUCAAGGUUUAUUAACAUUAGGUAAUUAUAAUCAAUUAUUAGAGUUGAUUCAUGAAUUCAGUCCUGAUUUGAAAUUUGAAUUAACUGAUUUUAUAAAUGAAUUCAACCAAUAUAAUCAAUUCAUAUCUACCAAAUUGGAUUCCAAAUUCAAUAGAGGUCAUUUUGGAGCAGGUCAAUUCAAUCCUGAAGAUCAAGUUUAUUUCGGAUUAGUCACUCCAGUAUUACAUUUCACCAUGGGUGGAAUCGCUAUAAACUCCCAGGGUAACAUAAUCAAUCAAAAUCAAAAAGUUAUCCCUAAUGUCUAUGCGGCAGGAGAAGUUAGUGGAGGAGUUCAUGGUGGGAAUAGAUUAGCCGGAUCUUCAUUAUUAGAAUGUGUUGUAUUUGGGAAAGUUGUUAGUGAAUCAAUCAUUGAAAAAUCCCCUUUUAAACCAUUAGAAUAA